UAAUAGGUACCGAGGCAAGAACUGCAAAGCACCCCGAGACAAAAAAACAAGGGAGGUAUUGGGAGAUGGGAAGAGAUAAAGGAGCUGUUUGCGUCACCGGAGGAACCGGUUACAUCGGGUCGUGGCUGAUCAAGGUGCUUCUUGAGCAAGGUUACUGUGUUCAUACCACUGUUAGACCUGACCCUGAUAACAAGAGAGACCUCAGCUUCCUCACAAGCUUACCUGGAGCAGAUGAAAGGCUUAAAAUCUUCGCAGCAGAUCUUAGCCACCCCGAGAGUUUCGAUUCGGCCAUUGAAGGAUGCAAAGGAGUUCUCCACGUUGCAGCUCCCAUGGAUUUCGAAGGCAACGAGCCCGAGGCAGUAGUGACCCAAAGGGCGGUCGAUGGAGCACUAGGCAUAUUGAAAGCAUGCUUGAGAUCCAAAACAGUGAAGAGAGUCGUCUACACUUCCAGCAUUUCCGCUGUGUAUCUCAACAAGAGCAAUGCGAAGAUGAUGGAUGAGAGUCAUUGGACCGACGUGGAUUACGUGAGAUCGGAACUGAACUCUUUCAUAAGUUCUUAUGCAAUUUCCAAGACUUUGACAGAAAAGGCAGCCUUCGAAUUUGCAAACGAACACGGACUGGAUCUGGUGAGCAUCAUUCCACCUAUGGUCGUCGGUCCCUUCAUCUGUCCGAAGAUGCAAGGCUCGACUCGCGCGGCAUUGUCUCCUAUCUUCGGGAGUAAGGAUGACUAUAGUCUUCUUAUCAAUGUAGCAAUGGUUCACAUCGAUGAUUUGGCAAGGGCAUUUGUUUACCUGCUCGAAUAUCCUGAGGCAAAAGGGAGAUAUAAUUGUUCCUCAGACACAGUAACUAUUCAAAAGAUAGUUGAAAUUCUUUCAACUAAUUACCCAGAAUUCAAACUUGCAGAUUCCGUGGCAGAAAUUGAAGGCGCAAAGUUACCUGGUUUGUCGUCAAAGAAACUGUUGGAAUUGGGAUUCAAGUUUAAGUAUGGGGUUGAGGAUAUGUACGAUGGAGCUAUUAAGUGCUGCAGGGAAAAAGGGUUUCUCUAGUAAGCUCAACUAUUGAAGUCUACUUUGAAGAUGAAUAAAUCGAGGGUUAUGAUGAUUCAAUGCUAGUGCUUCCUUUCGAG